AUGGGUCAAAAUCAAGUGUUUGCCGUCACUGUGUUUUUCAUUUGCUUCCGAGAAUGUCUGGAAACCACCGUGGUUGUCUCGGUUCUGCUGGCCUUCUUGAAGCAGUCGUUGGGCUCAGGACAGGAUCAAAAAACGUAUAAAAGGCUUGUGAAACAAGUAUGGCUAGGGUGCGGCUUAGGUCUUUUCAUCUGCUUGGCCGUUGGUGCAGGCAUGAUCGGUGCUUUUUACGGCCUUGGCACCGACACUUUCUCCGGCACGGAGGACAUUUGGGAGGGUGUUCUCGGUAUCAUCGCUUCCCUGAUUAUUACAAUCAUGGGCGCGGCGCUGCUGCGCGUUUCCAAACUCCAGGACAAGUGGCGUGUCAAGCUUGCUAAGGCGCUGGAGCACGAGGCCAAUCCCAAUGAGACGCGCAGGGGUCGUUUCAAGAGAUAUAUGGAGAAGUACGUGAUGUUCUUCCUCCCCUUCAUCACGGUGCUGCGUGAGGGUUUGGAGGCGGUCGUCUACGUCGGCGGUGUUGGUCUGGGACUCCCGGCCACCUCUUUCCCUCUUGCUGUGGUGUGUGGUUUGGCGGCAGGAAUUCUCGUGGGCUACAUCAUCUACAAGGGUGGACGAGAGACAUCGAUGCAGAUCUUCUUGAUCAUUUCGACCUGCUUCCUCUACCUGGUCGCCGCUGGUCUGAUGUCGCGUGGAGUUUGGUACUUCGAGAACCACGCCUGGAGCAAGGUCAUUGGAGGUGAUGCCUCCGAGACAGGCUCCGGUCCUGGAUCUUACAACAUCGACGUCAGCGUCUGGCACGUCAACUGCUGCAACCCCGAACUGGGCGGCGGCGGUGGCUGGGGAAUCUUCAACGCCCUGCUUGGUUGGACCAACUCUGCUACCUACGGUUCGGUGAUCUCGUACAACCUCUACUGGCUCGCUGUCAUGAUUGGCUAUGCCCUGAUGCUUGUUCGUGAGCGCCGAGGACCUCUGCCAUACAUCGACCCAGCCUUGCGAAAGGCGGCCAAUGCCAAGGGACGGGCCAAGGCAUUUGUGUUCCGCCAGAAGUAUGAGCCUGAGCCUGACUAUGCGUCUUUCCACGCAAGCGGUGCUAUUGAGACCAGCGUACUCGGCAAGGAGAAGGACUCCGGUGCCGGUGUGUCUACCGUAGCUAAGUCAAGCUCUUCGGCUUAG